AGUCCUCUAGCAUUAUGAAAGAAGAGUAGGAGUCGACGUUGCUUUGCGAACUAAAUUUAAGCAAAUUUUUGAAGAUUUCUCAUUAAAAUUCUUAAGUUUGUGCUCAUCCUCGACACACACACACACCCACACCGUUGCACGACAAGAAUACACGAAGCGACGACAGUAAGAUGACGGGAAUAAUUUCCAUGCUAACCAGACGACUGCAAAUCGUUGGAAUAAAAGCCGCGCGUAGUCAAGAGCUGAAACGCGGUAUUCGUCAGUAUUCCCGACUAUCUGUCUUAUCAGCAGCCAAGAAGCAGCAUCUGUUGCGUCAAGAUGUUACACUUGCCCAGCAUCAAGCGCCCAGAGUUCUCGGCUGGAAGAGCUUUCACACCACUACGAGUAUGUGGUCGGAGCAAACGAUAAAGGUGCCUCCAUUCGCCGACUCCAUUGCUGAGGGUGAUAUUAAGUUCACUUGCAAAGAAGGGGAUUCAUUUGCGGCUGAUGAGGCAGUCAUGGAAAUCGAAACUGACAAGACAACGGUGCCAGUUCCAGCCCCAUUUGCCGGCACAGUCACUGCUAUUCUCGUUAAGGAUGGCGACACAGUUAAACCUGGUCAGGAACUUUUUAAAAUGAAACCUGGCGCCGCACCAGCUAAGGCUGCCGCUCCUGCUCCAGCUGCUGCUAAACCAGAACCAGCAGCUGCCAAGCCCGCAGCUGCCGCUGCACCAGCUGCCGCUGCCCCAGCUAAGGCAGCACCCCCACCGCCGCCACCAGCAGCAGCUGCCCGCCCACCACCACCUCCACCGGCAGCGGCACCUCGGGCUGCCGCUCCCCCACCAGUUGCGGCUGUUAAACCCAGUGUGGCCCAAGUUAAACUGCCGCCAGCUGACGGUUCGCGCCAAAUUCUGGGCACACGCUCCGAACAACGUGUUAAGAUGAAUCGCAUGCGUCAAAAGAUUGCUGCCCGCUUGAAGGAUGCUCAAAAUACGUGUGCUAUGCUCACCACCUUCAAUGAGAUUGACAUGAGCUAUGCCAUGGAUUUCCGUAAGCAGAACCUUGAAGCUUUUACUAAGAAAUACGGUAUCAAACUCGGCUUCAUGUCCAUUUUCUCGAAGGCCAGUGCCUAUGCUCUGCAAGAUCAGCCUGUUGUCAAUGCUGUUAUCGAUGGCCAGGAUAUUGUGUACCGCGACUAUGUGGACAUCUCAGUGGCUGUGGCUACACCUCGAGGUCUGGUUGUACCCGUUAUUCGUAAUGUCGAGAGCAUGAACUAUGCAGACAUCGAGAUUGCCUUGGCUGGUCUGGCCGAUAAGGCUAAACGUGAUGCCAUUACCGUCGAGGAUAUGGAUGGCGGCACUUUCACCAUCAGCAACGGAGGAGUUUUCGGUUCAUUAAUGGGCACGCCCAUUAUUAAUCCACCACAAAGUGCUAUCCUUGGUAUGCACGGAAUAUUUGAGCGUCCCAUUGCUGUAAAGGGAGAAGUCAAAAUCCGCCCCAUGAUGUAUGUGGCGUUGACUUACGAUCAUCGAAUCAUUGAUGGUCGUGAGGCUGUUCUCUUCCUGCGCAAGGUGAAGGCCGCUGUUGAGAAUCCCGCAAUCAUUGUUGCCGGCUUGUAGAGUGCAAUCUGCAUCUGCAUAUGCAUGCCCUCGCUGUUCAGUUGAUAUUAGUCGGUAAACACUUAACGAUCGAACCAAUCUGGAACUGUACUUUGUUUAUUUAUUUUUUAUUUUUUGCGCGUGUCAAGAUUUGAGCGUAAUUUAGACAAUUCAAGCACUCCUCCUAUUCACAAGCAAACAGACAUAAUAAAACUACGUAACGUAGAUUUGUGUUCAGAAACUAUGUAAAUUAUAUUUCUCUUAACUUUUGCACUUUACACUAAAAAAACCAUGAACAUGUAAGAUGCUAAACACAGUAAUAUCGUAAUAAAUACGAUAUAAUAUUAUCUCGAGAUUUUUGGAAUUUCUCUUACGAUUCAAAACACAGGCGUUAAUCAUAAAAAGUUAUUUAUAGAGUAAACUACAAGUUAAAAUAACUUAUUUUAAUGAUAAACCUAUUAGUAAUCGGUAACAUAUUCAAAUAUUACCUUAUUUAAAAUCGAAACUAUUGAAUUGUUCUUACACACUCUUGUCUGUUUUAAGGAAUAUUAACGAGGUUUUGUUUUCAGCGCAAUUUAAAAGCAAAGUGUUGUGUAAAUAUAUCCAUAUUGUUUUGACCAAUCGAAGGAAUGAGUUUGUGGCAUAGUAAAAAAUAUAUAAAUAUACAGGUGCCAAAGAGGGCCUGGAAGUUGGA